AUGGGAAGAGCCCCAUGCUGUGACAAAGCCAAUGUUAAGAAGGGACCAUGGUCUCCUGAAGAAGAUGCAAAACUCAAGGCAUAUAUUGAGGAGUAUGGAACUGGUGGAAAUUGGAUUGCUCUUCCUCAGAAAAUUGGGCUUAAGCGAUGCGGAAAGAGUUGCAGACUCAGAUGGCUAAAUUACCUGCGACCUAAUCUAAGGCAUGGAGGAUUCAGUGAGGAAGAAGACAAUAUCAUCUGCAGCCUCUAUAUCAGUAUUGGCAGCAGGUGGUCUGUAAUAGCAGCCCAGCUGCCCGGAAGAACAGACAAUGAUAUCAAAAACUACUGGAACACUAAAUUGAAGAAAAAGUUGCUCGGAAGGGGCAAAAAUUCUCGCAUGAACCGACUAUCUGCAAUUUCAGGUCAGGAUCCAAAAGAUGCAAAUGGUGGAGAGGAAAACAAUUAUUUGCAGAAUCUCAGCAGUUCUGCCCUGGAAAGACUUCAACUCCACAUGCAGUUUCAGAACCCUUUCUCUUUCUACAAUAAUCCUGCAUUUUGGCCCAAAUUGAAUCCCUUCCAAGACAAAACGAUCCAAAGCCUCCAGUUUUUGAAUGCCAGUAAUAAUCAAAAUAAUCCAAUUCAAGGAAUAUCCAUCAGUCCUCAACAGGCUGCUGUGGAAUGCAGUACCAUAAGCAAUUUGAAGGCGGAAGAGCAUCAAAAUUCCGAAAGCUCAAAUUUUGUGGGGCAAUCUAAUUACAAGGGUAUUGAACCUGUCUCAGGAUUUACUCAAACUGAACUUAAUUAUUUACUCAACAAUGAAUCUGCUGAUUGUCUGCCUACACUGAGUCAAAAUAUAGCCGAAUUUGAUUGUUUCAAAGAGAUGAAUGAAACAAAGGACAACCUUGGAUGGUGGUCAAAUGAUUUUGUCGACGCAAAUUCAGCAUCAUCCAACUCUUGGGAUUCAGCGACUAAGGUUAAUCAAUCUGAAGAAUUGUAUCAGGUUUAUACCCUAGGGUAUGGUAUGCAGUGA